GAGGCCUUUCUCAUAAACUUCAGUUCAUUAUUACAUUCUUAUGCAGUCAUUCAAAAAGUGGUUUUAAAAUUGAAACCAUAUUAAGCGUUUUACUGCUGAGAUCAACCGAUUAAAUUUCGAAGUCUCUGUUACUUAUACAUUUUGCGUUAAAUUUAGUUACCCACAAGCUGUGUUAUUGAGGAUUUUUAUAAUAUUUUACUUUGGAUAUUCUGAACCAAGUACCUGUGUUAUUUCUGGACGUUUUUUAACCAGUGGCGUGUGUAGCAGUUUUUGAACAUAUUGGGAGAAGGUUAUAAUUAUCAAAAGGUUAUAAACUGCGGUUAUUGGUUAGUUUUGGUGCAAGAUGAAGGCAGCGAAUAGUGCCCAAUAUAUCCAGAAAAGAGCAGCCCAGUCAGAUGUGAAGACAGAACAGCGAAACAAACAAGUGGGUAGUUUGACAAGGCGCAGCCAAUACCGAAUAGAGAAGGACGCAGAAUACGGCAACGGAGUCUACCUGAAAGAGAGAACAGCACUCCUUAUGGACAUCAAGAGACUCACUAUAGAGUACGACUUCUUCAAGAAACAGCUGAACAAAGAAAACAGAGAAAAGGACCCAAAAAAGGCGGAGGCGUC